CUUUCCUUGCUGCAAUUUAAGCCCAUUGCUUCUUGUCCUAUCCUCAGAGGUUAAGAAGAACAGUUCUUUUCCCUCCUCCUUGUAACAACCUUUUAUGUGCUUGAAUAUAGUGUAGAAAACAAUCUGCUUUGGUACGGAGAUGGUCUUGAUAAAAAUUUUGUUUGUUGUUUAUGGAUGUUCUGGUGGCAACUCCAAAGUCAAAGUUGUAUUGAGAUGUUGACUUAAAGAAUUCAACCUCCUUGUUAUUUAUGAAGAACACUGUAUCCUCCCCAAACUUACAGCACUCUGAGUACAUAAUGAAUUUCCUGAGAAAUUGCAAGUAUUUUUUAAUAAUUUUUUGUUACAAUUAGUUAAAAAAGAAGUACUUUAAGCAAUGUAGCACUCAAAUUGUUUUUGAGAAUGAUUUUAAUCAUGGAAUAACACAAAUAUCAAACAGUUCAGACUUUCCAUUUUGGUAAAACUCACUGGAAUCUCAUGCACAGUUUGCCUUUGAAGAAAUCAGGUUGCAAUUAAGUGAAAUUAUUAAUUAUUGUUAUUGUUUUAAUUAGAAACUAAUAGACAGGGCCUGCAAUAGGACCAUUGUGAUCAACCAGUCAUCACUUUUCCUCUUUAACUAAUCUGCAUACUGCAAUUCUCUUGGCAGAAAUGAGUCAGCAGUGUGAGGGGAACUAUACACCAGGAUUCCUCAGUCAUAGCUUAUUUGGCUAAAAGAGUUUUUAAAUUUGAAAGUAAUCCAUCAAGUUAAAAUAUGUAAAUGUGUAGUUCAGAUACAUAAACAACCUUUAUUCUGCUCUGUAAUAAGCGUAUGAUGAAUGCAGUUUGGGGUUUCUGGACCCAGAUUAGAUGAAACUGACAUUUAAAGAUUGGUUUUUCAUUUCUUUUCCAUUCAUGUUGUUGCUACAGAGGAGAGUUAAGGUUGCCUGAGUGCCUUAAGUGUGUAUUUCCAUGCCUUAACAUGUUUGGCUUUAUAAUAAGUUUAAACUUAACCCUGCAUUUUCUAUGUUUCUAGUGAUUCUUCUUGGGAUAAUUACAACAUUCUUGUAUAUUUCUUAUCCGUAAGUUACUGAUAUAUACUCUCAACCUCAAAAGCAAUUUAACAUAGAGGUUUUUGUCUGGGAAUUUAAAAAUGAGUCCAGGCCACAGAGUAGGAUCCUAAUUCAACAUGAACAUGCCCAAAGUUUUGAGGUGUCUGCAUUGAAGAUUUUAGUUUGUCCAGCAGCAAAAGUUUGGAGGUGCUCUCAUCCAGGGUUUUGGGAUAGACCCACCUUUAGUUUCUUUGAAAAUUCUUUUUUGUUCCUGGAUGUUUUCCCAAAAAAGGAACCUUGUCUAAAACCAGGUAUUAGAAAUCCUAGUUUGGUUUUAUCUAUUCCAGUAAUUUACCAAUCUGAGUGUAGUAUAGGGACGGUACUUUAAUCUAAACCCUUGGCACUCAGUGGGGAAAAAAGAAAUCACAUGACCCAGUGGAUUUGAUUAGACUGUACACUUCUCUGCCAAUGCUUAGAGAGUAGCAGUGCGCUAGGAGGCAGUUAAGGGGAAGAUAGUGUUGGUAUUUCAUCCAAGCUCGGUGGAUCUGUUCACCAUGGGAGAGUUCCAACAGCAGCUGCUCACUCUUUUUGGGGGUCUAAUUUGUCUAUUUACUCUGGUGAAAUGCAUUAGAUUUUUGAAGUAUUUUUUCCCCUAUGUAUGGAAUGCUUUGCCUCAGUCUUUCUUUCGGUCAAUGGGAGAAUGGGCAGUGGUCACAGGAGCAGGAGAUGGAAUUGGAAAAGCAUAUUCCCUGGAGCUGGCAAAACGUGGAUUAAAUAUUGUUAUGAUAAGCAGAACACUUGAAAAACUGCAGAAAGUAGCCACUGAAAUUGAACAGGCCACAGGUAGAAAUGUGAAGAUCAUACAAGCUGACUUUACAAAAGAUUACAUAUAUGAGAAUAUUGAAGAAUGUCUUCAAGGCUUAGAAAUUGGCAUUUUGGUUAACAAUGUUGGAAUGCUUCAUAAUCCUCUUCCAUGCCGUUUCCUUAAUGGAGCAGACACAGACGAGAACCUCAUCAGCUGCAACAUUAUCUCUGUUACCAAGAUGACACGGAUAAUUUUGAAACAAAUGGAGCCAAGACAAAAAGGACUUAUUCUGAACCUUUCUUCUGGUUUGGGCACCUUCCCUUGUCCAUUAUAUACUAUAUAUUCGGCUUCUAAAGCUUUUGUAUGCACAUUUUCCAAAGCACUUCAAGCAGAAUAUAAGGCAAAGGGAAUUAUCAUACAGGUGGUGGCUCCUUAUGCUGUUUCUACUCCAAUGACAAUGUAUCAAAAACCCAAUCUCAUAACAAAGACUGCAGAGGAGUUUGUUAGAGAGUCACUGAUUUAUGUUACUGUUGGAGAGGAGACAUUUGGUUGUUUAGCCCAUGAGAUCUUGGCGUGCAUCCUGCAGCUCAUUCCGUUGUGGGUAUUCCACAGUGACAGAUUUCAAGAGGUGUUCCUGAACACAUUUCCGACCUACCUGAAAAGGAACUGGAAGAGCCCCUAACAAAAUCAACUUUUUAGACCAUGUGAAAUUGUGAAUCCUAGCUUCAUACACUAGAAUUCUGGGGGCUAAAGUCAGCUCUGGAUGAAUUUGGCCCAGCAUGCUUACUGAAGAAGUUUGCUAAGGGCCUGGUCCAAAGGCCAUUGAAGUCAAUGUUUUUCCAAAGACUUCAAUGGGCUUUGGAUCAGUUACAGAGGGAUGGGAUGCUACGGCUGCUUUUGCUUCUUUAAACUGAGCUUGUAGAUGGUGCAGCUGUUUGAUGUUUACAAAUAAAACAAUUUGCAUUAUUUCCAAACAGUUUUGUUUGCUUUGAUGCUUUUAGGAAGACUCACAUGAUCUGUAAAGGGGCUUUGGAUUUUUGUGGGAGGACACACAGAUUAUGCUGGAGGAGGAGGAGAUAGUGGGAAGAGAUUUUAGAGGAUGGAGGGAAUCUGUGCAUAGGGGCUUUGGAAGUUUGCAGGAACAGUGUGUAUUAGUGGAAAGGGCUUUGGAGUCCUCCAAAGCAUUUUAUUUGAAUCCCUUUCACAGACAGGAUACUGGACUAGGUGGACCUCCAGUCUGGUGAUUUCUAAUCCUGUGUUUGUAGGAAGAUGAAAGCUUACGGUGAAGACUUUGAAUCUAGAUUGUGUAAUGUUUUCCAAAUAUCUUUCAGAACUUCUCUUUAUUUUGUGUAGAAUUUGGAAGUGAGAGUUUUUACA